UGUUUACUGGAAACUCAUAACACUUGUUUGGUGCCAGAUAAAACCUCAAUAUUAGGUGGAACUUCGAAGCUUUUGGAACGAAGUGUGGCAGGUUGCUUACGUUCCUCUCACGGACGUCAAACAACAGCCUUGUUUCAGAAAGUGUCAAGACUUUCGCUGGACUUCCCGUCUGACUGAGGAGCUGCAAUGAUGGAAAGAUUCAAACUGAGUAUCCUGUGGCAGGGCCUGACUCUGUUCCUGUUAGGCCGGGCCUGCGAAGCCUCUUCUCUGGGGCUGACAGUCCAUGUUGUGCCCCUGGACAGCAAUGGAGGGAAUACGGUGCGGGCUCAUUUCAGUGCCAUCGCUCCCAGUCCUUGUCCAGCUUUGUCUGGACUCUGUGCUGUAGGGGAGGACUGUCUGGUUCACACUACCUCAUUACCUUUCAUCGGCACCAAACCCAAGUCUGGCUGGUGUGUCCGCCAGUGGCAGAAAACUGUCCCCAGUAGUUACAACGCCACCAUCAAUUUAGGGUCCAACACAGAGUUGUAUGUAUCAAUGAAAGCAGGACCAACAGUUCGGGCAAACAGCGGGAGACUCAACCAACCUGCUUUUGUUGCUCUCCCUCCUCCACUAAGGGCCCGUGUGAACUGCCCUCACCACUUCUAUCUGUCGGUGAAAGACCUGGAUGGUGACACGGUGCGAUGCCGCUUUGCCCGCCCAGAACAGGGAGAGUGCCGCACCUGCCCUCAGCACUCUUUUAUAGAGCUGGAUGAGGAGAAAUGCAUGUUGACAUUCACUGGAAAAGCACCUGCAGGACAGUAUUUCAUCUACCUGAUGGCGGAGGACCUGAUUCCUGUGCCCAAAAUAAGCUACGCCACAGACAACAAACCCCUGAGCUCUGUCCCUGUGCACCUCUCUCUCACUGUGGAGGAGUCGACUUCCAGCUGCAGUGAUGAACCUGUGGCAACAGGUGAGACCCCCAUAGAGGACUCCACGCUGUUUGUCCUGCCGUACCAGGAGGUGAAAUUCACCGUCAACUUUAUGUCACAGCUGGAGAGUGUUUUAGAGGUAGCAGUGGUUGGCCCCCCUGAACUCUACAGGACUGGUUUCAAAUCAGUCGGCUCCCUGGCAACGAUGACCAUGGCCUGGGUCCGCUCCGAAAACCAACUGGCCCGCCUUUUGCCCAUCUGCUUUGCUGUGAAUACCAAGAGUUUGCAGUCAGAGCCCAGAUGCGUGUGGCUGUACCAAAGGGAGAUGAGGACGCUACCUGCCGGAACAGAGCUAAAGUGUGAGAAGACAGAGAUGACUCUGUUGCUCCCUGUCGACUCCCUGAGUAACAUCAACCUGGCCGAGCUGCAGCUCAACAGCCCCACCUGUCCCGUCACCUACAACAACACACACUUGACUGCACGCAUCUCCUUGAAUGGCUGCGGCACCAAGACUGUGCACUCUGGUUCAGAGCUGGUUUACACCAACACCUUGCAAAGUGUGCGUCCGUACACUAUGGUCAGCCGCCUGCCCUCCCUCAUCCUCCCUCUGGUCUGCCGUAUCCCCGGAGUCCAGGCAAAGGGGCCGCAGUACAAGGUCGGCCUGCCCACAGAGACGGAGACCUUCGGUCGGGUUGGCUUUUGGAUAGAACUUCACCUCCCAGGAGAGGGGCCCCUGGCAAAAUUCACACGCGUCCCCAAGUUUCGUUCCCUCAAUAGCUCGCCAGGACGAGUGCGUCGGGAAGCGGAAUCAACAUCAAAGAGUAACAGCACCUCCACCAGCUCCUCUAAUAACAGCCCUGCCAUCGGGUCCAGGAUCAAGCAGCUGGACCUCUAUGUGUUGUCCAACUGCAGCAUUGCUCGAGCUGAGAUGAUAGUGAGCAAUUGUAUUGAGUCUGCGACGGAGGACUUCGUAGAAACCCACCCCAUUCUGCAGCAAGGGUGUACAGCUUCCAACAGCACAUUAGAGAUUAUUACAACACAAACCAAUUCCAAGGUUUACCGCCUUGAUUUGAGCACCAUGGAGAACAAAGGAUCAAAGAUGUUUAUCCAGUGCACAGUCAAUCUGUGCAUCGCCACCAUGCCCUCUCAGAAGUGCCCUACUCUGUGUACCCGCUCCCUUGAUCAGAAAACACUGGUCAGCAGUUUGUUUACCAGCACCUACACCAUCCGCUCGGGGCCCAUUAGCCUUGUGGUCACCACUCCUGCACCAUCCACAACAACCACUUUUACAACCACUACUACACCAACUACAACUAAAAGUACUACUACUACUACCAUUAAAACUACCAAACCUACCCAGAGCACCACCACCUCACAUGCUCCAGAACAGGCCUCAGCUGUGGCAGCAGGAGUGAUUUUGACAACUAUCAACAUAUUUCUUCAAAACAUCUUCCUUUACUAAACAUGCUACUCGACGAUGAUCUGUCAGAAUAUGCAGCGCUACAUUUGCCUGUUUGGCUACAUGAUUCCACUAUAUAUUUUGAGCUUUUUCAGAGAAGUGAAUAAAGUGGGAGCACACUACAGGAUUAUAAAAAAAAUAAACAAAUAAAACAUUUGCUGCACUGCACACAGUGAAUGAUCCUUAUAACUGUAGCUCAUCUCACCAGUAGUGGUAGGAUACUAAAGGAUGUGACACAGACAAGGGGACACAUAAUAAAAUAUUCUCCCUAAAAUGGGGCUUUAUUAUUAAUUUGCUUAUAUGAGGAGCCCUCGAGGCCUAAUGGUCUGAGAUGCUGUAAUUAUACAUAUAUAUACAAUGUAAUUGCAACGUCCCUGGUUCGAGUCCGGGGACUUGUUGCAUGUCAUUCUUCCUCUCUUUCCCCUCACUUCCUGUCAGCUCUACUGUUUUAGCAAAUAUAUACAACAAUUUGUUUAAAAAAAUAUUUAUAUAUAUUAAAAGACUUAUAAUACAAUAUUAGAAUUAUUUGUUUAAUUAAAUGUAAUUCUAAAGGUGUGGAUAAAAUUCAGGUGUGUUUAAAAAUGUACAAGCAUUUAAGAUAACUCAAAUAUUUAAUCAGACACUUUGAUGCCUCUGAGCUUAAGAUCCAAUUUGUGCAUUGUGUCUUAGAACUAAAAACCUGUCUGAGACAGCAAAAUGUUCAACCUUAAAUGUAAAAAACUAAAAUACUAUGUAAGAAGGAGCUAGUUUGGAGAACAAAACAAAAAGUUGUAGUGUUAUUGGAGGAAAGAGCAUCUUUGUAAGCAUCUUUUUAUACAUUAUAAUAUCAGUUUAUUUUUCCACUUUACUAACUAAAAAAAAAGAAAACUCUAUAUGAUGUCAAGCUACACGUAUAAAACCUCUGAUAAAUAAACAUGAUAAAUAAUAUCUUUACACAGCCUACACCUCCCGAACCAAGGGGUUAACCUUAUAAAAUGACCAGGUUGAGGGUCUGCAUGAGUCGGGCUACUAAAGGAGAGAUUCUAACCUGAAAAUGUUUUUUAUAUUCUGGGAGAAACAGACAUUUGAAAGGCUGUAAAUCGAAGUGUCUCAGUGUCAGUGGGAAACACUGAUUGAGGGAUUGUGCUGACACUGUGAUGAGCUGUAUAUUUAGUUUAUUUAUUCACUGUGUCUGCUUGCAGUGAAAACGUCACUAAUUCUAUAGUAAGUUUUGAAAUUCUUACAGGUUUACAAUGAUUUGAAUUGUUUUAUUUGGAAAAAUUGUGUUUUCUAAGACUAUUAGUUUCUGAUGAUGUUAAAAAAAACACUGAAUUACAGUGACAUAGGUCUGGCAAUUUGACUUCUAAUGUCUGUAUCCCAGAGGAUAUGUCGCCCUUUACUGACAAUAAAGCAAUAGAAGGAAA